UAGGUUAGUAUCUGUUGCACUAAUAUACACGUUACAUGCGUCAUAAUUUUGUGAAAAAUGUCUAUUUUCCGCGAGUUUUUUCGUAAAAUGAGUUCCUCGAGUCAACCUUCGUUGGCGCCAGUCGGUGUGCGCGGGAUGAAAGUGCUGGACCGUGAGAAAUUCUUGCGUAAUAUUCAAGUGCCCGUCCUCUACUUGAAGGAGGAGAAUCUUUCAAAAAUAUUUAAACAGUGCAGACCGUAUAUCUUGAAAAUAGAAAACUUCAAGCCGAUAAUGGACUUACAAGCAAAUUCGUCAUUCAACAAAUGCAUAUACUUGCAUCCUGAAAAGGUUACUCAAUGGAAGGACAUAGAUGAAGAAUCUCGAAACGUUCUGCAACAGUUUGGCGUAACUGAAAAGAAUCUUACUUCGAAGGAAGUGCAAUUGGGUUAUGAAAAUUGGAGCUAUGACACCAUAUUUAAGGCUGUCCUGCCAGAAGAUGAAGAGGUCAUCAGUGGCUACUCCCAAAUUGGCCACAUUAUACAUCUCAAUCUCCGAGAACAUCUGCUGGAGUACCGGCAAGUAAUAGGUCAAGUGCUGCUGGACAAGAUAAAGACAUGCCGCACCGUUGUGAACAAGAGCAACAUUAUUGACAAUACAUACCGUAACUUCAGUAUGGAAGUGAUAGCAGGAAAAGAAGACUAUUUGGUGGCCGUCAAAGAAAAUCGGUGCAAAUUCGAGUUUGACUUUUCAAAAGUGUACUGGAAUCCACGCCUCGGUAAAGAACACGAAAGAAUCUUGGGCUUCUUGAAACCUGGUGAUGUGCUGUUCGAUGUGUUUUGUGGGGUGGGGCCGUUUUCAAUACCUGCUGCUAAACGUAAGUGUACAGUGUAUGCUAACGACCUAAACCCUGAUUCGUUCAAGUGGUUGAAACACAAUGCUGAAAUUAAUAAAGUAGAUAAGAGAUUAUUCCAACCUUACAACUUGGAUGGAAAAGACUUUAUUUGUUAUGUAUUCAAAGAUCACUUAACAAAACUUUGCAAGCGUAAUACUCAAUUCAGUGGAAAGAUCCAUGUCACAAUGAACUUGCCGGCUAUGGCUGUUAAAUUUCUAAAGAAUUUCAAAGGCCUCCUCAAAGAUGAGGAACUAACGGAUAAGUUUAAUUAUGAUAUAGUUGUGUAUGUUUACUGUUUUGCUAUCGGUGAUGAUUCUGUAGCUGAAGCAAGACAAAUGGUGAAUGAGAAUAUGAAGUUUGAUCUCUCUAGUUUCAUAACUGACAUAUUUGAUGUGAGGAAUGUCUCCCCUAAAAAAGAGAUGAUGCGUGUGACGUUCAAUCUUACAAAAGAGAUCCUUUUUGAUGGCCAUAAGUCCUGUGCUCCAGUCGAGCCUCCUGCUAAAAAGACGCGCACCACCCCCCAAACUACUAUGACAGCCCUCUGACAUAACAUUAUGCAUUUUCUUUUCUUCAUUAUGUGUAACAUUUUCUUUUACUUUCUGUUUGCAUUGCUGUAUCCGAGCAAAGAUGUUUAUGAUUAUUCUAAAAAUUUUAAAAAGCAACUUGAAACUUUUUAAGUGUAAUUCACUGUUAUGGCCACGUUUUAUUUCAUCAAUCUGAAUUCAUCAAUUCUUGUGAAUGAAUCGAUCAAUUCUAAAUGAUGAAUAUUAAGAUUAGAGAUCACAGAUCUGCUGAGUUCCAGGGUUACGUAGUAUUUCAGUCUAUUGUAAAAAUCUAUUUUUUAUUGCUCUAUGAAAACUUAUUUAUAAGAUAUCAAAAUUAUGUUUAAUAAUUAGUAAAUAGUGUCUAUCUAUGUAGUAAAUGGAAUAAAAUACUUUGUUUUAUUAUUAAUAAUGCAUUUAUUGAUGUAUUUUAGUAAUGACACAACUUAAUAGAGUAAGAGAAAGAAUACUAGAAGGCAAUGUUAAGUUAUACAGUUUAUGUAUGUAUGUUCAUAUCCAUAAAAAUACAUGUAAAAUAGUUAGUGUCACAGCUGGCUAUUCUAAUAAUCAAAAUUACUUGCAGAUCUUAAACUUAUCUAUUUCUGCUGAUUUAAUAAUUACAUUGUAAGUAGUGUAAAUUACAUAACAUCAAUGUUUAUUGUUAACAAAGUUAUAGAUAUUGCAUUGACCUCAGAUGUUUAUCAAUAUUACAUAAAAUACAUUACAUUUGGUGUUAAUGAUUACAAAUUUUACUUGGAAUCUUGUACAUAAAAUACUAUGGAAACGAAAGUUUAUUCUUCUAUGUAAACAAGAUAUAUUCUUCUACAUGUUGUAAUAAGUUUUAAGUAUAUAAUUUAAGUGAUGUAUAAAUGUAUGUAUAUUUUUGUGAAUGUUCAAAAUAAAUUGAAUGUGGAAAAUAAAUAA